UAGCAUCGUUGCUAAUGCGCAACUCGAGCAGGCAACUGGGAGUACGACAUCUGAUGAGAAACUGCAAACGGAUCUCGUGACUGCAAUUGACAAUGCCGGAGGAAUGUUACCUGGAAGUACAUUAAGCGUUAAUUCGUCGUCGGUUUCUGUUCAAGGGCAAUCGACAACUGAGGCUGUACCAAGAACUACAUUACGACCGACAACCACGUAUCCAACGACAACCCGUUUGGGAACGACGACUCCUGCAACUACCCCUUUCAUUGGACGUACAACUUCUUUUGCAGGGCACACAACAACUGUCGCUGUACCAAGAACCACUUUACGACCGACAACCACGUAUCCCACGACAACGAGUUCGAGGACUACUCAUCCUCCUGCAACUACCACUUUGUUUAGACGUACGACGUCUUCUGCAAGGCAAACAACAACUGUCGCUGUACCAAGAACCACUUUACGACCGACUACCACGUAUCCAACGACAACUCGUUUGGGAACGAAUACUCAUCC